AUGAAGUGUUUAUUUUAUCUUCUUGUUUUUGUAACUAUUGUUAUUUCGGAUACACCAAGUAAACCUUUGUUUUUACCACAAUUACCGGUUGGUGAAUACAAAAUAAAUAUCUUAGCAUUGAUACGUUGUGAAUUAUCGACUGACGAAUUAAAAUUUAAUUAUCACCUAAGCAAAACGUCCGUCAACACCACAGAAAUUAAAGGAAACACAACCUUAAUUGAACCACUUGAUGAUUCUUUUAAUGUUGAGAUCAAUUUGGCGGUAAAAGAUUCUGUUGGUGGUUGGAGGGAUAAUGCUCAUAUUUUUAAGACACCUAAAGCUUGCUCGUCAUUGAAAAUGUGGGCGGGAAAAUUCUGGAAACCACUGAUGGAAACCAUAGGAAUGCACAAUCAUAAUUGUCCUAUUCCCGCGGUAUGUAUUAUAUAA